AUGUGGAACGUUGCUGAAUUUCAAGCUCAAGCUAAACGUGAUUCUGAAAUUGCUAUGCAACAUGACUUGGAUGCAAUGCUACAAACUGCUCCUGCCGAUCAAAAAGAGGCAAGUACUAUAAUGGGCAAGGAAUUGAAUGGUUUCAGCAAGCUAUUUUCAAGGUACAUUGAAAAUAAAGGUUCCGCAAUCAAGUGGGACAAAAUUCGACCAUUGCCGGAAGGAGCAGUCCGAAAGUAUGAUGAUAUCAAAGUACGAGAAUCCGAGGUUUCCAGAGCUCUAUUAGAUCAGCUAGUGGUUUUAAAACUGAAUGGUGGAUUAGGAACUAGCAUGGGUUGCACUGGACCUAAAAGUAUCAUUACUGUCCAUACUAAUGCAACAUUUCUGGAUCUUACCAUUCAACAGAUUGAGUUCUUGAACGACAAGUACAAUGCAAGCGUUCCGUUGGUACUCAUGAAUUCGUUCAAUACUCACGAAGAUACGCUGAAAGUACUACGAAAAUACAAAUCCGCUCGGGUUGAUAUUCAUUGCUUCAAUCAGAGCCGAUAUCCUCGCAUUUACAGUGACAACCUGCAUCCUGUUGCUAGUCAAUUUGAUGAUCAUCAUGAUUGUUGGUACCCACCCGGUCAUGGUGAUACUUAUGCUGCUUUCUCUAAUUCUGGACUGUUGGAGAAAUUUUUAGCCAUGGGCAAACGCUAUGUUUUCAUUUCCAAUAUUGAUAACCUAGGAGCAGUUGUUGAUAUGUCUAUUUUAAACUACUUAGCCAGCCCUACUGAUGGUGAACGAUGUGACUUUGUUAUGGAAGUUACUGAUAAAACUAGAUCUGAUGUUAAGGGUGGUACGCUCAUCAGUUAUGAAGAUAAAUUGCGUCUUUUGGAAAUUGCUCAAGUCCCUAAAGAUCAUGUCGACGAAUUCAAAUCCAUCAAGAAAUUCCAGAUUUUUAACACUAAUAAUAUUUGGAUUGACAUGAAAGCAAUUCAUGAGUUGUACAGCAGCAACGCCCUAGACAUGGAAAUUAUUGUGAAUAACAAAACAAUGGAUACCACCGGUGCACAUGUCAUACAGCUGGAAACCGCUAUUGGAGCAGCCAUCAAAUGCUUUAAUGGCGCCCAUGGCAUUAAUGUACCGCGUUCCCGCUUUCUGCCAGUUAAGAAAACGGCUGAUCUUUUGCUAGCCAUGUCGAAUCUAUAUACUCUGAGGUGCGGUACCUUGGAAAUGAAUCCUGCUCGUUCCUUUCCAACUGUUCCCCUAAUUAAACUUGGCGAUGAAUUCAAAAAGGUCAGAGAUUUCUUGAGACGUUUUGAAGAUAUUCCAGAUAUUCUAGAGCUAGAUCAUCUCACUGUAUCCGGAGAUGUAACAUUUGGAAAAAAUGUAUCUCUUAAGGGCACAGUUAUAAUAAUAGCUAACUUUGGCGAGAGGAUUGACAUUCCUAGUGGCGCUGUCUUGGAAAACAAAAUCGUGACUGGAAAUUUGCGCAUUUUAGAACAUUAG